AUGUUCUCCCCAUCGGACGAAAAGAUCAUAGAGUAUAUCGAUGCAGGUCAAUAUGCCAUUGCACAAUCUUCAUUACUUGAUAAAAUCAAGAAACAUCCAAACAAAACAAUAUAUCGAGCGUUAUUAAACAAGGUAUUAUACAAAACAGGCUCCACGAGCAAAGCCAUUGAAAACAAUUUGGCAUUAUUGAAGAGUACUCCAAAUGAAAUCUCCACCGUUAUCGAGUUGAAUGAAUUUUUCAAAUCAUCAGGCAUGGAAAAAGAGGCAGAUUUAUGUUUUGAAAAUCCAAUUCAAAAGUAUCCUUUAUUAUCACAAGAGUUGAGCUCUAUUUGGUUUGAGAAUACGAUCCAAGAUUUAAAUGUGAAGCAAUUUAACAAGAUAUUUUCGUUUUUAAACAAAAGCAAGAAAGAUAGAAAGUAUACUUUUUGGUAUAGUUUUAGUUUUUACUUGUUGAUCAAUCAAGGUGAAGAAGAGAAAUUUAAAUUGAACUUGUACAAACAAUUUGGUAAGAAAUUGAUCGAAGGAUUGGUGGAAAAAGAACCCUUUGCCAAUUGCCAGGAAUUGUAUGUGUACACCAGAUUUUUGCUUUCGGAAGCGGACUACGACACGAUUGAGUCGAUAUUGAGUGGCGUCAAGUUCCCAUUAGAUUUGGAAAUGCAAUUGCUUUAUAUGGAGGCCAUGAAAAAAUCUGGAAAAUGGUCUCAACUACACAACCACGCAAGUAAGCUAUUACUAGAGGACAAAUUUGAUGAUUUCGAUACCUGGAGGUUGUGGAUUAAGUCCGGUUACGAAACCGGCGUUUCUUAUCAAGAUAUUCAAUCAAAGUUGGGCAACAGUAGAAACGAAUUGUUGACUAGAAUCGAGUUGGAUUUGCUAUAUAAGACUGAACAAGAUCAAUUGCAAGAGGACAUUGGAGUGUACUUUGCAAAAUUUAAGAACAAAAUGUGUUGUUUCAGUGACCUUUCAAAAUAUAAAGACGAUUUGCCCUUGGAAUUUUAUAAUAAAGUUAAAAGCUCAACGAACGAGAUCUUGGUGCAGUCACCACAAGGUGACACAGACCUCAUUACUCUUGUAAAUAAUCAGAAAUUUGCACCCCAAAUCAAGAAUGGACAAAUUUAUCAAUACUUCAGAGGAGACCAAAGCGUCGUCACCAACAGAUCCGAGUUCGAUAAUGACCCAUUAAACGAUUUACUUUUGAUUUCAAUAAUUGAAAAGUUGUCGGAAAAUCCCCUGCCUACACAGAUUAUUCAAAGCAUAGCAAUAAUAAAACAGUUAUUAAUGAAAGACAAGUACAAUUACCGAUUAAAAGUUUGGUUGAUCAAACUUUACUCACAGUUAAACACCAACGAUACGAUAUUGCCCAUAUACGAAUCUUUGAAAAUAAAGAUGAUUCAACAUGAAACUUUGGGACAUUAUCUUACAAACAUUGCUCCAGCAACAAAAUCGAGUCUUGAUGAAUACAUUGAUAUAUUUCGAUUCUACCUUACUGCGAAGCAUGAGGUCAAAGAUACAGUAUUGGGUGGUUUUGAACUGCAAAUUUAUAGCAAAUUGACGAGUUUCAUUCAAUUUGGUCAAAGAUUACAAAACUCUGCUUCACUAAACACUAUUUUACAGAAGAUUAUCCAAACUUCACUCAUCACUUCAGACAAAGGUUACAUGAAUUAUUUUGCCCACUAUCUAAAAGAAAAUGAGAAAUCAAUUUUGGAAUCAGCUUGGAGAGAUAAUAGAGAUUUUGAAUCAGAAUGGACUGGAAUUGUUGUGAAUGAAAAAUUGGAAACUGCAAAAUCUAACAAAUUGUUAUCAAUACCAGUACAUGACCAGUCCACCAGACUCAAGUUGAUCGUCUAUGCAAUAGUAUUGAAUAGUUCUGAUAAUUCACCUGGCUUGUUGAAACAAUUCAAUAAAAUUGUUAGUUCAACACCCAAUGUUAGUCACAAUCCAUUCACAAAUGUUAUAUUCAAAAUGUACUAUAAUUUGUUAAAGAUUCAAACCAAUAUCAAACUUGAUGAAUCUCAAUCGUUAUCCAAUUUCAUUUUAAAAAAUUUGAAAAUUGACAAACUCAAAUCACAAAUUGUCCCUACCAGCUCCAUUUUAUCAUACCAAUUUAAUGAAAAUUUGAUCAAUUUAGUUGAAUUUAUCAAGAUAGUUUCAUUUAUAUCUACACAAUCAAGAGGCAAGACCAAAGAUGCGAUAAAGACUACUAAAAUCAUAUUACACGCAACAACUAAUUUAGUGCCAGAUUUGAAGAAAUUGGAUUUCUUACAACAGCAAUUCAAAGUAAUUGAUGAGCAAGUGUCUUUUGACUUGAAUGAUGAACUUGAAAUGGGAUUGGAGAAGACAGUUUUGGAAAAUGCUGUCAAUGAAGUCAAGGAGUCAAUUGCUGCUUCAACGAAAUCAAUAUUGAACAAUAUAUAG